UCAACAAUUGCAUGAUCAAAAUUUGUGAAAUAGCACAAGAUAUUAAUUAGACUAAUCUUACAAAUACUACGAGGCUUUAAUGUGGUUAUGCCAUGAAAUGUUCACUGUAGGCUACUAGAAAAUUUGGAACAAUAUUUAACUGAAUUGACCUGCCCAUGUUUCCAAUUUCCUCUUCACCCAUGCCUACGUUGCAAAUGGUUGUGUAAAUAACAUUACUCGAGGAUAUAACAUUUUAAUCCCUCGAUCAUUCGCCAAACCUCUAUUUGUAACGAUAGUUGCAACACAAAAUCCAGUGAUCCAAUUUGUUUAUAAGGUACCAUCCAAUCAAGCCAAAUAUUAUCAGGCUGAAGAAGGGUCUUGACCUGAAACGUUGCCUAUUUCCUUCGCUCCAUAGAUGCUGCCUCACCCGCUGAGUUUCUCCAGCAUUUUUGUCUACCUUCGAUUUACCAGCAUCUGCAGUUCCUUCUUAAUCAAAUAUUAUCAGUACGUCUAAACAUAGAUUUUCUUUAUAAAAUAUCUGGAAAAAUAGAAUACUCGGGGAAUAUACAGAAUUUCAGAGCAGCUUUGCAAGUUUUAAAACAUAUUUUUUUAAAUUAUAAAGCAUAAACAGUUGUAAAUCACUUGUAUUUGUUGAUGGGCCAUGUCUGCAGUUAGUCGGUAAUUGCAACGCUGGCUUAAGCAGAGGAUGAUUCAUCAGUCAGAACUUUUAAAGUGCAUCAUUUUAAAGGCUUGAAUUAUUUUGAAAUGUUUUGCUAAAAUGUAUUUUAAAAUCAAUGCAUGGAUAUUUAUUCUAGUUUUAUUUUGUGUCUGGAAUUAAAACUGCAUGAAACAGAGUUAAAUUGUCUCCCAGUUUAUGCUCCAGUGUUGCUGCACAAGUGUGCAUCUCCACUGGAUCCAGUCAAAGACGGUGUUUGCCAGUGAAAAGGGGAAUGUGAUGAUGUAAUCUUCAAACGAGACCCAUGCUACUUUCGCACAAUAUUAUUACCCUGCCUCGAUAACGUCUCCACAGAUGCGUCUUUCCCAAACCCCCGCGUUGAGUUACUGGGGCACUGACUGUAAGGACUGACUCGCCUUCCAGUUUUGUUAAUGAAAAACAAAACCCUGGCAGGAAUGCCUGAGCUGUUUCUCCCCGGCACUAUUUUUCUCUGGCGCAUAACUGGAUUCUAAUGAAACCGUGCAAAGAUUUGCAAGGAGUAAAAUGAGGCUGGUAGGUCAGCAGUAUGUUUAGAGUGAUAGCCGACACAAGGUGAGAGAAUCUUUAAGCAAUGCUACCUUGUGAGUUUGUGGUGGAAUGUUUGAAAUAUGUCAAAGCUGCUGUCGGGCAUUUUUGUACGAUCGGCGGUGUUACAGACAUUUAAAGCGGUCUUUUUUUUUAAUAACUGUCAUCCUAUUGUGAUUAUUUUAAAUGUGAAGGAAUUGCAAGAGGUCUAUAAUUCAUUGCUUGCAGAUAACAGCGUUUGUGGACAAUGAGAAGACACGUGAAAUUGAAUAGGGGGGUUGAGAGGAGGGGGCUUUAUGUUCCGUUUAGAACCCACCAGCAAAACGAUUUAAUCUGUGCUGAGUUUAGACUGGACGUCUGCAUGGUUUUACAGCAAGGUUGGCAGCAGAAGACUGCAGUAAAUUGUCCCAAUUAAACAAUUGCAAGUAUGUUGUCAUAUUUCAAGCUUUUGGGUUCGUUCACGGUGCUGUAUUUUUUAACACAGUAUUUUAUGUGGGAACAAAAUAAUAACUUUAGAAAUGAAAUGUCAUUGACCAGUCAUGAAUAUCUUUGGGUGGAACAAGAGAAUAUAUUUAAAUUCACAAGGUCAAUUGGUACUGUGGCUUCAGUUUGUAGGCGGUGUUGUUGUCAAUUCUCUUUUGACUUUGAUAAGUGACCGUAUAACAGGGAAAGCUGAGAUUGUCUUCACUUAUUGAUGCCACUAUUUGGGAUGCUGCAAUAAUCUUCGGCGCUGGUGACAUCUUACAAAGUGGUGUACAAUAUUUUGAUGAAAAUGAUCCUGGUGAAUCGAGCUCAAACGAAACGGGAGUUCAAGUGAAUUCUGCUCGGUCAGAAAACUCAAUUGACAGCUGAAAGGCUGUGGAGUGCAGGAGUCCUGCUAGUUCAUACAUUCCCAAAACAGAAAUGCAUCUCCCGCAUCCAGCCGGCUAACUGUGAGGUGACUGAACUGAGUAACAACACAGGAUGUCAACAGGACCUGCAGAUUUGUCAAGAUGUCCAUGGCAAUAAUGAUGGAAGAUUUGCAGUUUGUCUCGAAGAGAUAUGCAUCUCCUUUUAUGAUGAGUUUUAAAUUGAUUCAGUCAUAUUUGGCUUGCAGAAUGGUGUUACCGUUCAUCAAGAAUAACUGGCCAUGCCUCUGAAGGAAACUAGAGUAAUUUAGUAUCGAGACGAUAACAAACUCCUGUUUUUUGGUUUUGAUAUCAUGACGGGAGACACACAGCAUGUUUAUGCGAUUAAAGAUUCGGACACUGAUCCCAAACUGCAGCAAAAGGAUGGCGGCUUUGAACAUUUCAGUGAAAAGGAUCGCAGAAAAUUAAACAGCGGUAACACCAGCGGCCCUGAAAGCUGCAAAACUGUGCUGAAUGGCAAUUCCUUGAAUCAUUCUCAUCUGCACAGAAAGAACAAGGAUAGCCAUAACCAGCGAGAGGCUGUAAUCAGGCCACAGCAGGCUGGACGAAUUGACUUUAAGUCUCUUCAGAGCAAGCCACGGUUUUUGAGUGAACACACAUGGUCUUCAUCCAACAGUUCGAGUUGCAAAAGUACUUCACAGUCACCUUAUGGGAAAAACAAAGGGAAGGAGAAGAACAAAAGAUACGGGAAAGGGCCGCACCAUCUUUAUAAACUUAAUAUCAAUUCCCGAUCCAACCCCACCAUUGGAAUCGCGUACCCACAGCAAAAGAUUACGUCAGCAAAGAAACUAGAAGGAAAACGAGAACUUAUAACAGGGAGCUAUCGUUUCAACGUGCCCAGUAUUCCCGAGAGAGAGGCAGAACUCCAACAAGAGGAUCUCAGCUACAGCAGGCACUAUCAGGAAGACCCUGCAAGCCAUACCUCCACAAGUUAUACCUCAAAUACCACAGUGGUUGCAAAUCAGAACCAAGGAUCCAAAACGCACUCCCAGGGAAAUGUCAACAUUUCCAGAGACAACGCCAACUUCAAUGGCAAAUUGCAAUAUCCAGAAUUCCAUGGCAGCAGGAAUAAUUCCAACAUUUCGCCAUUUUCAGUGGAUUGGCAUUCUCCGGAAAAGCCAUUUGCAGGUACCAACUAUGGAAUGUCCCCUCAGAAGCAGAGCACUUUCCCUCUUGUGGCAGAAAGCAGCAAGUCCAACACGCAGGGCUUUAGGUCAAUUCCAUUCCCAUAUCCACUACCACAAUUGCACGAUGUACCUGCUGAUCCAUUCAACAGUGAACACAGUGGUCAAUGCCACUUUCAGCAAGAAUUCUCAGAUGUUCCACUGCCUAAUGCCCAGGUAGCACAUAGUGGUUAUGUCUUCCAGCUUACAGGCGAUGGGCAUGAAGACAGUGUGAGGAAUGGGCAAUGUGGCACUUCAUCAGACGGCAGAAGCUACACACAUUCUUCCCACCAAACUCAGUUUUUGCGUCCAUCCAACCAAGGUACCCCUCAUCGUGUAUCUCACUACAAAGGGAAUCAUCCAAAUGAUAUGAAUGGUGCUAUAUCUUCCAAUGGUGCUUUACCCUCCUCUGGUGCUGUAUCGUCCAAUGGUGCUGUCUCUUCUGUUGGUGCUAAUGACCAAAAUCAGAGUACUUUCCAAGAAAACCAAACCGUUUGUACAUCAGACGCAUUUAAUUUGCACAAAAAUGGUAUUGGAUAUGUAUCUAUGAACAAAAAGUGCUCGCCUUUAAAAGGGGACCGAGGCACUGAAAGAACGGACUCUCAGGGUAAGUCCCUGAGAAGGAAUAUAACACAAGGUUCUUUACCGCAGAUGCACUUUCAGGAUAAGGUUUACGACAGUCCUUCCAACAACAGUGUUACUGAUGGUUUAGUAUCUUUUGAUAAAAACAUUUCAACUAAAAUUCAUAGUCAACCCAGGGUACCGCAGGCUUGGGAAGGAAACAAAAUGUUUUCCACGAAGGACUACAAUACUGCACCUUACACUUCAGUCGCAAACCAAUUUUCAUAUCCAUGUCAAUCUGUGUCCAAUUUGUCCCACGCUGACCAAAAGCAGCCAGCCCCGAGAAAUGGUAAUUCCAGGUUGCCGUGGCAACAAAUCCACCUUACGUCGGCAAUGCCAAACCAAAAUAGAAUUGAACUUUCAAGGCAACUUACUAGUCAGCAGCUGGCCUUUCCUCUCGGAGCCUCCGAGUGGCAGGAAUGUAAGAAAGCACAGAGAAAUCCGCCCGUUUGUAAGCCGGUAACUUUCCGUAACAAACGGCAGGUGAACAGCGAGGAGCUCCAAAACAGUAGGAACAGUGGGAAUGGCCAGAACUGUAACACGACUGACGCUUUUGCAUUCCGAAAUGGUCUAGACAACACCAGUACCUCACUGUGCGAUUCCAGAAAUCCAAACAGAUUCUGUGACCUGAACCCCGUUGGCUCAGCGUCGGUGAGAGGCAGCGGUCAUGGGUCUCUUACAAUAGCCAAAAGUAUAUCAGGCUCCCCGUAUCAAUCUCCACAAUCUUCCCCAACUCUCAACACUGGAUCUACCAGCACAUGUUCCUCUCUUUCCCCAGUGUCCACGGUGUACAGUGCCAACAGCCCUCUGAACACCAACUCAGAAGAAAGUCAUAUGCCCACCCUAACUAGUGCAUCCAGAUUCUAUCAUCAGCACUGCCACAGCAAAGAAGACAAAAGGUUCCCUUCCUCUGAACACAUCAGUGCCAACCUGCUACACCAGCAUCAUGACCCUACCAGAGGAUUCGCAUACUUCUCCACUGAUCAUUCCAGGGGAACUAAAGACAAUUUAUUAUAUAUCCAGGACAACUCAUUCUCACAACAAACUGCUAAAAUCAAUGGGUGUGCAGACGACUUUGAAACUGAGUCCCAACCCUUCCCGGAACAGUUUUUUGCGAACUCCCUCAGCAGCGCAAACCUUGACCAACUGGACGUGCUGCUUACGUGCAAACAGUGUGAUCAAAAUUUUAACAAUGUCGCGUCGUUUCUCGAUCACCGUCAGUACUGUGGGAUUCAUUCAGGUUCUCACACCGAGCAGCAGGAUCCAACCCGAGCUACAGAGAGCAGGCGGCUCCAUGCAGAAUCAGCUAAGGGAACCGUUCUCCACUCAACCCGGGGUGGAUCUGAUCCACACCAGUCUUUACUUUGCCUAAGCAAGUCCUGUGAUCUGUUGCUAGAUGGCGAGGCUGCAUCUGAUCCAAAAGAUGAUCCAUUUAAACUGAAUAUUUUUAGCGGAGCAGGAUCCGGUUCAGUUUUGCUAACAGCCUCUGAUUUAGAGAUUGACGACGCAAAGCUUGAUAGCUUAAUCAAUGAGACUCUGAAUGGUCUCGAUUAUCAGUCUGAUAAUGCUGAAAUUGACAGUAGCUUCAUAGAAGCUUUUGCAGAUGAUGAACUAUCCACGACAAAAAUUGCAGGAAACGGGAUGGCUUUCAAGAUGAAGGACUGCAUGCCGUUAGGAAGCAAAGCUGUUAGCAAACUCGCAGAAGCAGAAGAUGACCAAUCCAUACAGAUCAAGACUGUCUAUAAUAACCGACAGAGUGACAGGCAUACACAGAGGAAGGAAAAGAGCAGACAUCAUAACAGGAAAAUUGAGAAAAAAGAUUCAACAACUUCUGUCUUAUCUAAAUCCUAUUGCAGGCGGGUGGAUAAAUACAGUAUUAAAAAAUGUUCUCAUGAGAGUUCUUUUGACUCCUUAAAAUAUACCAAACCCAGUACAAAACUCAUGAAGCUGAAAGGAGGCAGGAAGCUAGACACCGACGCUGCACUUCAUCGCAGGAUAAGUGAAGUUUUGUCUCAACCUGCACAAAAUGUGAGAAAAAAGUGUGAAAGAGACAAGCACAAAAACAAUGGCGAUAUCCGGGAUACCAUUCACUCAACCCCUUUAAAAAUCGUCACUGUAAACAGCCACUCCAAAUUACACCGGCCUGCUUUAAGGGAUAUUAAAAAAAGGAAAUCCAGCAACCGAACUUGGAGCAAGGAAUUGAUUCAUAAGAUUGUACAGCAGAAGAACAAACUGCACAAGUUACACGUGAAAAGCAAUAAGAAAUUGCACGUUUCUCUCGUGAACGAGCAGUUACUUUCACACCAACGCAGCGGUAAGUUGGGAGAAUAUGACUAUGUUUCAGAUUCGGACCAAGAAGCAGAACCUCCCGGCAGCAAAUAUCUAACGCCGUGCUUAAAUCAACUAGCCAAUUACAGCAUCACGAGAGAGCACAAAACCAAAUGUGGGAGAGUGGAGGCGGAAGAAUCCUGGAGAUAUAUAAAAAUCAAGAAAACUCCAGAACGCAGCAUAGGAAUCGAGGGACGCAAUCGAGCAAAGAGAUACCAUAGCAGUCGGCUCAGAAGGAGAAGGAGCCAAUCUUCCACCAGCAGUGAAUACAGCAACAUUACCAGUAGUUCAAGUGAAAAUACCAACAGCCCAAAUAGUGUAGAACGGACAGACUCAGAUAAUGAGAAAGGGAAAAAUACCAUAGAGAGUAAGCAUUCUACUUUUAUUUCAAUUACUGAUCGUACGUAUAAGGCUGAGUGCAUUGGACCAGAUCCUCUGAUUGAUGAAUCAGCUAGAACUUCAAAAGACAGUUCUAUGAACCAAGCAGUUUUUUCAAGAACCACAAAAGAAUUUGGUUCAGCAAAAUGUUUAUUUUCAGGAAGAGGGUCCCAGAGUACCAGUCACACCAUGACACAUUUAUAUGACCACGGUGGGUCACACAAAAUGGAGAUUGAGGAGCAAUGCAUUGUACGUUCAAACCCAAGUCAUGUUGAGCUUAGUUAUAACGAAAAGAGACCACAAGCCUGUGAGUCUUUUGAGAAAGAUCUUGCCACGACAAGUAAUGAAUCUAUAGCACCGAACACUGAAUUAACUUUUGAUCAAAGAGAUAUACAAAAAUGUUCUUCUUGUGAAGAUAGCAUUGUUGAAUAUUCUACUGCCGGUAUAAAUCAAAAUAAUUUAACACAUACCACAGAGCUGACUGCAGACAUGAAAGAUGAGUUAGCAGAUGCAAGCAACAAAAUGAAAGACAGUCUUGUUGGAUCGACUGGUGCCUAUAAGACAAAUGUUGGAUGUUUUCAUGAUAAUUCAUCUGCAUUUAAUAUUCAAGUGUAUGAUGAUGCAGCUCAGAACACCAUGGACAGAAUGUACAGUGGGCAUAAAGAUUUAGAAAAACAGCACGCUGUUGCUUUCUCAGAAUCUCUGGCCCGUAGUUCCUCACAUCUGGAAGAUAUUUUUUUCUGUCAGAAUGAGAGCAGUGACAAUUAUUUACAGAAGGAUCACAUAAAAAGGUUCAUUAAUGCAUAUCCAAGUGAAAAAUGCCCAGCCAAAAUGAAGUCUCCAGUAUCUUUUCAUACCCCUGGAAUAUUUGGUGACAUUCCCAUAUCAAAUUUUAAUAGUCAGCUAUACACAGACACUUUGGUCAACAAGGAAAACUAUUAUCCCUUUUCUUGUAAUGGCGAUAAAGAAGGCGGCGGCGCAGCUUUUCAGUUGCAAUAUCCAUCAUUUCUGGAGCAGAAGGAUUGGAAUUUGCUGCCAGACAUGUCCACAAUUUUGCCGGAGGACAUCACACAUUUCCAAGAUCUCUCCGUGCAGUCAGCGCAAAUUAAGAAAUUUUCCCCGACAACGGGAUCAUCCCCUGUUACUACACCGCCCCUUCUGCCCGAAAGGCUAGAUGACCAAAAUGGUCCCUUCGUCGUACCCUUAUCAGAUGAUGAUCUGGAAAUUAAAAGGUUGGUGACGGAGCUGGAAAAUCAACUUCAGGCUCCUCAAAGAAAUAACGAAACUCCUGUUGCCCAAGCCGGUACUGGGGAAUAUAUGAAUGCAAGUUUAAAGAAUCAAACUAGUCCACCUUCAUCUCUGUGUCUAGAGCAAGAUAAAUGUGAUAGACAGACUGUACAUGCUGCAAAUCAUCCGUUUAGCAAUGGAAAUAUGUAUAUGCAUUGUAAGGGCACAGUUUUGAAUUCCCCUAAAGUUGAACGCCCCAGUUCCGUUGGGAUUAUUGAAGAUACUGAAGACAUGUGGACUUGUCCCUUCCAGCUUGUGCCAUUAGAUGACUUCCAAACACCUGACAAAGUCCAUGCCAACCCAAGAUCUCCCGAUAAAGAUAAUCAAUCUCAUUAUCCAAUUCAUCCUGAAGAGCCAGGAAACGGAAAAGACGAUGAACCCAAACACAGUGCCGAAGAGGAAACCGGAGUUUCCCCUGGGAGUUACUCGGAGAAAACGGAGGAAAAAUUGGAGAACCAGUACUACACAGAAAAUCUAAUUGCAAAUCUUGCAAUCAUGUCAGAUACUGUACUAGGCAAAAGCUCAUUGCAACAGAGUACAGACGGAGAGCAGGAAUGUCAAACUGCGAGCGAGAAUAAAAGCUCUUCUGGCAGUACAGACCAUGAGAAACCAUUUAACCUGUCUCCUCAGUAUAGAUCUACUGAAUGUCAUGUUGCAGAGAAGCAAUCAGAGCCUGAAUGCGAGGCAGUUUUGUUCAGCUUUGAAAACCCAGCAGCCUCACCUUGUGUGGAUACAGUUGCCUGCGAUACAGAAAAUGAUUUCAGUGUCACAGCCGUUGAUCAUUCACAGGAGGAACAAUAUGUAAACCAUCAACAGCAAAACACAUCUGACAACCAGUCAAGUGGAAAAAGUGUAAUAUCUGCCUUUCUAUCGGAGUCUGAAGAAACCGAUCAAUCACUUAUCAUAACAAAUCAAAUCACUACCUCUGACAGAUCACCAGAGACAAAAUAUAAAGAAAGGAUAAAUGAUACCAUCAGUUCUUCAUAUGUUGGAAUAAGUCCGACUGAACAACACAGCAGUGUAAAGAUUGCACCCGAUUCAAAUCCCCUACAGCAACUUCAGCUCUUUGUUGCCCGCACGGCACAAUGCAAUGAAGAAUUAAUGAUGAUCUCUUGUUACGCAGCCCCACACAUUCCAACAAACCACUCUUUGAAUGGCAGCAUCAGUUCUGAGCGAUCUGAAGCGGUUUUGAACACUGCUCACAAUGUGGAUUCCACCAUUAAUCCGAUGGACAAUAUUUUACAGAGCAUUAGCACAAGUAAAUGCCAAAUUUUGGAUGUUGAUGCAAACACUAGUGCUCAGAAUAUUUUGCCAAAGUUGCCGAAAGAUAUUGCUGAAACUGUGGCUGAAAAUACUGAAGCCAAUUCUGGUGCAUGGGAGCCUGUAGACUGCAGUCAAAGUGACAAUAGUGAAGAACAGUCUGAGAUUUCAGUUCAGAUUUUAACAUCGCAGAUCCCUUUAACCAACCAUUUAAAGAAAGCUCCACAUUCCCAAGAAGGUGUUAUUGACAAUUCGGAGUUCGAGGGGAACCCGUGCAGCUUGUUUUCUUUGAAUGGGACGAAUGCAAAUCCACCAACACUUGAGGAAAAAGAUUUGAUUCAAAUUGCGGACCAUUCUCAAAAUUCCACUCAAAACUCCGUGCCAUUUUUUUUUAAUCACCAAGAAAAAGAAGAAGAAAUGGCUUUGGAUAUUUUCAGUGAUGGCGAUGAAACAGAAAAAGCAACCAAGCAGUGUUUGAACGCUUUUGAAGAAACCUUGGAACCCGAGCAGUCAAAUUGCCCUUUGUCACAAUCAUUUCCAUCAACAGAAACUAGCUGUGAUGUAGAACCUCCGGUUGAACACUUAACUGUAAAUGACAUGGCUCAGUCCGAAGCUUCAUCAGAUAUUGCUCACCCAGUGCCUACAUUGGAAUGUCAUGUCGGUACAAGUGAUGAAUCGUCUGUCAUUGAUGAAAAUGUUAAUACCAGCAGAAAUGACCACUCACCUGAGCACGGCUGCUUUACACAAUCUCCGGAAAUGGCAACCGUAACAUCCUGCACAGAAAGCAUUUCGGAAAAGCAGUCUCUCUCCAUUGCGGAUAGUUACUCCAAUAUCUCACCUGCGCCCAUUGAUAAAAGCAACCAGCAAGAGCCAUCCAACAGUUCUAAAGAUGAUGUUAUUCCAAAGAGUGAUGGGUGUAAAGAAUCGCUGUUGUUUCUCCAUCUGGACUUCGAUUCUCAAGACGCUGAGAGAGGUGCCCUUGGCUGUAUCGCUAAACCUCAGGAGAAUGUAACAGAGCACGAUCUUGAAUAUAAAGUACCAGAAACACAAAUUCACGAUGGUCACUCUGCUUUAAAAACUAACUCCGGUGCAGAAAACAUUGCUGAUAUCUUGUUGUCUAAAAUAAAUGAAGAAUUGCCCACCAAUAUAACAACUAAUGGAAACACAACAAAGGAUUCCAAUGAAGAUACAGAUGACAGUGAGCAUUGGUCAUUUUUGGGACAAGACAUGAAAGGUAGUGAUCAUAGAUCUUUUGAUCAAACUACAUCAUUGCUUACCGAUAUGCCCAUUUGUAUGGAAGCAAAAUCUAAUGAUUGUACUCUUUCUGAGACGUUGACUAAAUCGCCGACUUCUCAUCUAGUCGGAGGUGCGGGUCUAGAAAUGAAUCAUUGUUCUGCCGCUGCAAAUGAUUCAGGUGGCGUGGUCGAAGCUGAGCAUUCCAAGUGCAACUAUGCUGAAGUUUUGGGUUCUAAUUUCCAUGAAAAUGUCCCCCCUUCUCUUCAAGGUCAUUUGCUUGAGCUACCGCCAUCUCCCCAACAUGUGUCGGAUCUAAAUUUGCACAGUUCACCCCUUGUUGAUUCAGUUCCUAUGGAAACUUUAAACAAGCAUUCGAACACUGACAAUUCCAACAGACCAACCAAAAGAAAAUCAAGUAUUGAGACAAAUGCACAAAUCGGUUUUCUUACAGUGGAAGAAAAACCUGAAGAAAAUGUACAGAUCAGUCUACAGGAUGAAGUAUUUUCCAAUGGAACGAAGCAGAUGGAUAGUAAUUUAUUCAUAGACUGCAAUGAUGGGAUUAUCAAUGCACAAACCCUGGCCAUUGACAACGCAUUCUGUCCUUUGUCAACAGAGCAACAGAAUGGUGAGGUAACCCCAAUUGCAAAUAAUCAUGGACAAUUAAAUGACUGCUCUGAUGAGAAGAUUGUUAACCAAAUAACAAAAGUUUCCGAAGAAUUUGGAGGUGAAAGUGAAUCGCGUGAUAAUGCAGACUUGGAUUCCAGUUCAUCGUUGCCGAUGACUGAGCCUCACCCAAGUGAAAAAGUGGAGAGCGAAAGUGGUGAAAAAGACGGAGCGAACAGCGAUGAUGUUGUACUGAGCAGUUUAAUGUUGGCCAAGACACUGAAUGAUUUGCAUGGCAGUGAGCAAUUAGAUUUGGCGGCCAACAAUUUACUUCCAGAAAAUAUUUCCAUGACCGACCCGCAGAAAUUAAUUGAACCGUCCACUCCUCAAACCGAGCAAAAUCUACAAACUGUCAUAAUGUGCAAUGUCUGUUCUGCAUCAUUCAGAUCUAAACAAGGCUUGGUUAGACAUAAAGCCAUCAAACAUCGCUUAAAAGGUGAGAAAACAAGUCAAAAUAAAGUAAACAGAAUUCUGGCGUGCAGCAUUUCAGCAACGGAACCAAAUACAGAAUGGCAACAAGACACAGAAAACACCUUGUUUAGUGCAUCAGAAAAGAAAACUCACAUGGACAUUCAUUCUUUGGAUACUCCUGUUAGCCAGGAAACUAUUCAGACUGACCAUCAUCUUUUCUUAUGUGACGAUAAGCACAGUGAAGAAAGUAAUUCUACGCUUGCACAAAAUGAAAUUGGUUUCCAUUGCAAAGAAAAUCAACACCUCGAGGAAGUAACCGACACAAAUGAAAUUCACGAUGGGCAUACAAAAGAGGAACCAAAACCUUCUGUCAUGCCAUCUGAGCAGGAUAUGGGAACAAUGGCAUGCAAUGAGCAAAUUGAAGCUAAUAAAUCUGCCAAGCUUGGCAUUUCAAAAUCUAAAAAAACUAUUGAAUGUUCGAAGGAAGAUACUAAAAAACAAAUAUCUAAUUCAAUCAACUCAAAAGAUAUUGUAAGGCAAUAUAGGAAAAAAAAUCCCAACGCUCCAACUCCGGCAAAAGAAAAGAACAGGAAUGUUGGAAAAGAUGAACAAGAAUUGGUUUUUAAUGGUGAAAUUGUGCAAUCUAGCAAGCAAGUGGGUGUCAAUUAUGGAAAAAUAGAUGAGCCCUGCCCUCUGUUAGAGCUCCAGGUAGUGACAGAACCACGAGAUAGUCCUAUACAUCAACAGCAGAUGGAAAAUUCAUUAUCAACAAGCAAAUCAAUCAAAAUGUGCAUCACACCAAAAGAAUGGACAUCACGGCAGAAGUCUGCAAAUGACAAAACAAUAGUUGUAGAAGAGAAAGUAUGUAACCUGAUUAAUGUUUCGCUGAAAGAAGACUCAUGUAAGAAAGAGUGCAAUGGAGAACUUGAAUGCCAGAUUGAUUUUCCUAGUAAGUGUUCCUCGAAUGAAGGCAGCCAGAACACCAAACCUAUAAAAAUAGAAGAAGGAACCAGUGAGAAGGCAGUGGGAUUACUGCAAAAGACUAUUGCCUGCCAACAUCCAGUAUUCAGUAACCCAGUGCCCAAUCUUCUCAAUGGUUCUCCACUUAAAAUACCAGAAAUGGACUCUCAAACGGUGGGGGAUCUGAAAAAUGAUGACAGUUUUGAGAAAUUACAGAAACAUGCACCAUCCAAACCCUGGAAUGAAUCAGAUUCUAUUGACCUAGAGCUACCCGUUCUGGAAGUAAUUGCCCCAAACUCAGAUUCGCAACAUUUUCCAACUAUGGAUAGUGCAAUAUCGCAAAUAUUUUCGGAAGACAACUCAGUUGUCAGAAAAAGGUCUCCAAGGGUUUAUGGGAAUAGAAGCAAAAAAUGUAAAAUGGACAUGGAAUCGAGUACCUUUAAAAUGUUUUCUUCGGGUUUUGUGGUGGAAAAUAGUGAGCAAGUUGUUCGGAGCUACAAUGAUCAUUUGAAAACAGAUGACACCAUCAUGUCGCAUACAAGUAAUGACAGUAAAGCAGUGGCAAAUAAAAAUACUUCUGUUUGUGGUGAUGUUACAAGCUCCAGGGAUGUGGCCCGUGAAUGUAGCAGUGAAGAUGUCUUAGAAGGUAGUGGAAUGUCUGAAAAUACAAACAAUAACAUAAUGGAGUUACUGUAUCAAAACUGCAAAAUAGAGUCAAUGACAGACACUGUUCCAAACGCCACAGUUUGGAGCAAUCCUCCAGAGGUUGUGGACAUCUCAGCACAUGGUGACACGACUUCAUUUGAAUCAACUUCAGAAAAAACGAUGAACUCACGACAACAUGCGCCAAACAUCCAGCCACAACUAGAGGCCACGGAAUCUUCCCAACCGAUCGAGCCUUUUGAAGGGCUAGCCUCUGGUCAAUGUAUUCUGAGGAGUAUAAAUGUCGGUGAUGUACAAGCCUUGAACCAAGGCUAUGAACAUCCAGACGGGGAUCCGCACAAUUCCCCCGGGAAUAAGUCCUCUAUUUUGAACGUUGCACAUGGUACGAGUGAGGAGAAAAGCCAGAACUUGAAAUUCUCGAAGGGUAGGACGGAGGAGGGGAGAACCGUAAAGAAUCGCGGUGACAUCAGUAUCAAGUCCAAGGAUAAGCAGUACAAGUGUAAAGUUUGCUUUCAAUGGUUUCUCACCCUGGGCGAACUGGACUUUCACAAACUCUCACACAACCCUUCCCCACCCCCAACAUGUUACAUGUGUGUUCAACGGAAGUUUAGUUCCAGAGAACAGCUGAGAGAUCAUCUAAAGGAAAAGCAUGCCAAAAAUAAGGCAGGCAUUUGGACGUGCGGUAUGUGCCUGAAAGAGAUCUCAGAUGUCUGGAUGUACAACGAACAUUUGCGUGAGCAUGCUACUCAGUUUGCACGGAAAGGGCAAGCCCAAAAGUCAGUAAUUGGAUUAUCAAAUUGCUUUAGUGAAGAUAGUGCGAUGAAAAAUUUCUUUCACACGCUCCUCAAUAAAAAGCACGGCAAAUCGAAAACAGUUGACUCAGUCGCAAAGUCCCUGAUUAAAGAAACCAAAGUUCUGAAAGAAAACCAAAAGCAAACUGGGAAAAAUAAAGACCAAAGUGAAGCAAGUAUUAAGACCAAGCUGAAUUUUACAAGUGCACUUAAACUCUCAGCUUCGGCGAAUCCAGAGCUUAUGCACAAGACUGAACCAAUACAGAAGAAUGUUUCAAUGCAUCCUGAUUGCAAAGACCCGUCGAGAGAUUGCCAUCAUUGUGGGAAACAAUUUCCCAAACCAUUUAAGCUUCAGCGACACUUGGUCGUUCACAGUUUGCAGAAAAUUUAUCUCUGUUAUAAGUGUCCCAUUUUCUAUUUGGAAAUGCAGGAGCUAAGAGCCCAUCUUAAAGGGGAACACCUAGUCAUAGAAGAACCUGAGGUGAAACAUACAACACUGUAUACCUGUGAGCUCUGUGCUGAUGUUAUGCAUGUCAUCAAAAAGUCUUUCAUAUGCAGCACUUGUAACUACACCUUUUCAAAAAAGGAACAAUAUGAUCGGCACAUGGAAAAACACUUGGAAGGUGGAAGUAAGACCCACAAAUUCCGAGGAGUGAUGAGACCUUAUGUUCCCCUGCAGGAUGGACAUCUAGACCCACAGAGCAAUCUCACUCAGAGUUAUUCAAGUGCAUCCAUACCACCCAAUAAAAAACAGAAGACUAAUCACGAUGGGCUGACUGAAGUCAACAGAGAAAAUAAUAUUCCGGCUAUUUCUUCGAUUGGUUUCGAUCACAGUGUUUGUGAAGGUCCUCCUGAAUUCUCACCGGUUGAAGUAAAUGAUAAAACAGAAAAGAUGAAUGUUUUGACACCAACUCGUACAGAUGUUGUGGAUGAUUUUUCCGAGCUGCUAGUGGAACUGGAGCAAUCACAGCCAAACGUUGCAGAUUCUCCACCAUGCCUUUCCCCAGUUGUGUCUCUUCCAUUAUGUCACGAGCUGCAUUUAGUUGAUUUAGCUGCUCCACCCAUGCCGGAAGUACACAAUCAGCUCUACGGAGCAGUGGCAGCGCCUUUGAGUCCAGUGAACGCGUGUGCGUUUAAACCCCACGACAAUGUUCAACCGAGUAAUCAUUCAGCAAAGGAGAAGAUCAAGCAAGAGGAACCCUACGAUAGUUCGAAACAAACAAAUGACCUCCAGAAAAUACCUUGCAAUAGCCACUUCAAAAUGGCCGCUGCUGAAAAGGCAAAGCAAAGCUUAGGUGAAUAUAAACCUUCGGAGAAACUAGCUAAAGAUUCGGAACCAAAGAUUAAUCAGAAAAAACGAAAGGAGCAAAAAUCUGCUUGUGUCAAAAACAGUAAUAGCUACAAGUUAACUGUAGAUGAAGGAAAUAAGAAAAGAAAACAGGUCAAAACUGAAUGCGUGAGGAAAUCGUGCAUGCAACAAGAUAAUCAGAGCACUGCAACUACUAGAGAUGAGCCUACAGGCAGCCAUCUAGCAUCCAGAACCAAACCGUGGACAAAUAAUUCACAGUGUAAAAAAAAUGUCAUGAAUUUCUGUCCACUCAAGCAGCCGGAUAUGCGACCAUUCAUUGGGGAAUACAAGCACAAGAAAGAGUUAAUCUCGAAACCUCCACUUUAUUCCAAGGGAGGUGCUCAGUCUGUGAACAGUUCAAUUAGAAAACAUAGAUUGAUGCAAGGCGUAAAGCCUGUUGAAUCAAACAGCUAUCGGACAGCAGAAUCACAGAGUAAUCUUCUCAGCCAAUUAUUUGGACAAAAACUAACCAGCUUCAAGAUUCCUUUAAGAAAAGACGCCUUGGAGUGAAUUAAUGUCGCUGAUUCCGUGAAUUAUUGGCGAUUGAAAGUUCUGUGGAAAAAGAACAUAAAAGCCUUAGAUUUUCUUCAGCAUUAUUUCUACAUAUAGCUGGAAUUACCUUGCACAGACAUCUCUGUGAAAUACUUCACUUUGUGUCCGAAAUAUUAUUCUUUGAUUUACCUGUUUUAUCAUGUACUCAUUAUGACUUUGAUGUUGCAACUGAGAAAAUGUAAUCAUUUUGGGCUGAUGAGCAAUUGCCUUAAUCAGAGUACCACAAGAGUUCAUAUGUUCUACGCUACUUCCAAAUGCCAAUCUAUAAAAUGUAGUUCAUUUUGUGUCAGAACUAUUUGAUUAAUAUUAACUAGCAUCUUUUUGUUUCAGUAGAUUUAAUAGUGGGUGUCAUUGAAGGAACCAUGUCACUUCUAGAUAUUAUCCACACAUUGAAUAAAAUGUGUUUCUAAUGUCAUAGCCUCUCCCUUCAGCCAUAAAAUGGUCACAAAAUGCAUAUUUUAUUCAAAUUAAUUUGUGUUUUUAGGCAUGUCAAGAAGCCUCGGACAAAUCUAAAGUGAAGUAUGAUACCUCAUUCCUUUUUUCAGGUUUGCUGAUCUAUUCCCGUUUACUUUUGCUUUCAUUCUACAUUCAGUUAGUCAAUGUAAACAGGCAAACCAUUAACUGUACUGCAAUGUUGCCAUGUCACUUUUCAUUCAACUAUUCUGCAAUAUUGCCAUGUCACUUUUCAUUCAGCCCUUCCUGUACUUAGAGUCCUGGAGUCAUAGAGUGGAAACAGGCCCUUCAGCCCACCUUACCCAUGCCGGCCAACAGGUCCCAGCUACACUAGUCCCACCUGCCGCCGUUUGGUCCAUAUCAUUCCAAACCUGUCCUAUCCAUGUACCUGUCUAACUGUUUCUAAAAUGUUGGGAUAGUCCCAGCCUCAACUACCUCCUCUGGCAGCUUGUUCCAUACACCCACCACCCUUUGUGUGAAAAACCUACCCCUCAGAUUACUAUUAAAUCUUUUGCCCUUCACUUUAAACCUAUGUCCUCUGGUCCUGGAUUUACCCAUGGGUAAGAGACUCUGUGCAACAACCCGGCCUAUUCCUCUCAUGAUUUUAUACACCUCGAUAAGAUCACCCCUCAUCCUCCUGCACUCCAAGGAACAGAGUCCAAGCAUUCUUAACCUCUCCCUAUAGCUCAGACCCUCUAGCCCUGGCAACAUCCUUGAAAAUCUUCUCUGUACCCUUUCCAGCUUGAAGGUUUUGGCCCUGGAUCAGCACACCUUUCCUUCCAUCCAUUACUCAGAAUAUCAACAAUCUGCCACCAUGAUCUUCUCAUUAUGUUGACCUCACCCGUUCCAUCCAGGUAACUCUAUUCUCAAAACCAUUGUUGAUUUUCCAAAGCUAAAUUCCCAAUCUUCCUCUUACAAACUAUUCCAAAACUGUCCUUGACCAUGCUGAUAUUUUGUUUGUCACCGCCUCUCUGUCCCAAUCAACCCGUGUGGAUCUUAAUUUCCAAACGAUUAACAUCACCUCCACCAACAAUGUGUUGAACUGCAACUAAUAUUCAGUAGAUCAUGCAGCAUCUGUCAAAAAAAAAAAAAACAGCACCAGCGAAGUGUUUUGUAGCAUCUGUGAGAUUUUU